AAAUAACUGAUGAUUCUAUUGUAAAUAGAAAAAGAGUGUCUGAAAAUGAUAGUAGAGAGGACCAGGCAUCUGAAAUAAUUAAGUUAUCAAGUGACAAAGAGGACAAGAUAUCUAAAAUAAUUGAGAUAUCAAGUGAUGAAAACAACCAGACACCUGAAGACAAACACCUAAAAUAA